GUUGCAGAGCUUAGGAAAUUUUGAUUUUUUUUUUUUUCAUCAUUUAUAAAAAUGGACUUAACAGCUGAGAGUCACGCUGUCCCUCUUUGCGACGGGAUGAGCAUGCCUGUGAUAGGACUUGGUACUUACGCAGAUCCACGCACGACCCCAAAAGACACUGCAUACAAUGCUGUAAAAGUUGCUAUUGAGACAGGAUACAGACACAUUGAUGGUGCUUUGGUUUAUUUCAACGAACAUGAAGUGGGACAAGCCAUCAGGGACAAAAUAGCGGAUGGAACGGUUAAAAGAGAAGACAUUUUCUACUGUGGAAAGCUCUGGAAUACCUUCCAUCCGCCAGAACUGGUCCGACCUGCUCUGGAGAGAACUUUGAGGACAUUACAAUUAGAAUAUGUCGACUUAUACAUCAUCGAGUUGCCCACGGCGUUCAAGCCAGGAGAUAACUUCUACCCCAAAGAUGAGAACGGGAAGCACAUUUAUCAUGACACAGAUCUCUGUGCUACUUGGGAGGCUUUGGAAGCUUGCAAAGACGCCGGGUUGGCGAAAUCUCUCGGCGUGUCCAACUUCAACAAACGGCAGCUGGAGUUGAUCCUCAACAAACCUGGACUGAAACACAAACCGGUUUCAAAUCAGGUUGAAUGCCAUCCUUAUUACACUCAGCCAAAGUUGCUGGACUUCUGCAGGCAGAAAGAAAUUGUCAUCGUGGGAUACAGCCCAUUAGGGACAUCCAGAGAUGCAUCCUGGGUCAACUUAACCUGCCCGCCGUUAUUGGAGGACGAGCUUCUCGUGUCGCUGGCUAAAAAGUACAAGAAGACCCCAGCUCAGAUUGCUCUCAGAUUUAACGUGCAGAGGGGAGUUGUGGUCAUCCCAAAGAGCUUCAGCCUGUCUCGAAUUAAGGAGAACUUUCAGAUCUUUGACUUCUGCAUUUCCGAAGAGGACAUGAAGGCUGUUGAGGGUUUGAACAAGAAUAUUCGCUUUGUGGAACUCCUCAUGUGGGCCGACCAUCCUGAAUAUCCAUUUCAUGAUGAUUACUAAACAACAAUUUUAUGAAGUAUGUCUCCACAAUCAUAUCGCAUGUGGUUUGGAGUAUUCCGUAUAAAUCAGGGUGGGGGCAAACUUCCCAAAAUAUGAUCUCGAGAGGGGCAAUGAUAGAAAAUAUUGUAUUUUUAAAUUUAGGUUGAAAUAUUGACUAUUCAAAAAAUGUCCUUUUGUUUCGUUAGGGCCGGUUCACUCCCACGGACACACCCAUGAUGAUGUGAUUUCAAAUCUUUUGCAAUCAGCUAUGUUACAUUUUUAAUGAUUUACGUUGUUGUAUCUCAUUAUUCCGGUAUGUUUUUACACUAACCCUUCCUUUUUAUGAAUUAUUUUGAAUACCAACCAUGAAAUAUCAAAUCAAUAAGCUUCAUUUGACCUUUAUUACGCUUGUCAUUACAUGUCUGUACAACAUGUACAAAUGUACCUUGCUCGACAUAGUAAAGUUUAUUCAACAAAAUAA